GUUGAAACAGGUAACACUUCCUGAGAAGAAGACUCCUUCUUCUGGUGCUUUGAAGAACAUUCUGAAGAUUGUAUAGCAGACAAUGCAUCAAGAAUCUAUUUAUUGAGUCCUUCUAAAACAGAAGCGAGGAGCUCCCUAACGUAAACACAUAGGGUUUAUUUUGAGAAGGAAAGACAUAUAUUUUUUUAAAAAAGCAACCAUAAAGUAGACAGCUUAGUCCAAAAACAAAGUCCACUUUGGAAGAUGUCUAUGAACAACUCUUCCAAUGUAUUUCUGGAUUCAGUGCCCACUAAUAGCAAUCGCUUUCAAGUUAAUGUCAUAAACGAGAGCCAUGAAAGCAGCGCAGCUGUGGGUAACAAUGCCGACCCUCCACAUUAUGAGGAAACCUCUUUUGGGGAUGAAACCCAGAACAGAUUCAGAAUCAGCUUUAGGCCUGGGAAUCAGGAGUGUUAUGACAAUUUCCUCCAAAAUGGAGAAAACGCUAAAACAGAUGCCAGUUUUCAUGCUUAUGAUUCUCACACAAACACAUACUACCUACAAACCUUUGGCCACAACACCGUGGAUGCCGUUCCCAAGAUUGAGUACUAUCGCAACACGGGUAGCAUCAGCGGGCCUAAGGUCAACCGACCCAGCCUGCUUGAGAUUCAUGAGCAACUUGCAAAGAACAUAGCGGUGGCACCGGGUUCGGCCGACAGGGUUGCUAACGGUGAUGGGAUGCCUGAAGAUGAAGAAGCCGAAAACAAGCAAGAGGAGGAUAAAGCCGGAGCUGUGAAGUUUGGAUGGGUGAAAGGUGUGCUGGUAAGAUGCAUGCUGAACAUCUGGGGUGUCAUGCUCUUCAUUCGCCUCUCCUGGAUUGUUGGAGAAGCUGGAAUUGGUCUUGGUGUGAUUAUCAUCGGCUUAGCUGUGACAGUGACUGGUAUCACUGGUUUAUCCACCUCUGCUAUUGCCACAAAUGGAUAUGUCAGAGGAGGUGGGGCCUACUAUCUUAUUUCCAGAAGCUUAGGGCCUGAGUUUGGUGGAUCUAUAGGCUUGAUCUUUGCUUUUGCCAAUGCAGUGGCUGUUGCUAUGUAUGUGGUGGGAUUUGCUGAAACAGUGGUAGAUCUUCUUAAGGAGAGCAAUUCAAUGAUGGUGGAUCCAACCAACGACAUUCGGAUAAUCGGCUCCAUCACAGUGGUGAUUCUUUUAGGAAUUUCAGUAGCUGGAAUGGAAUGGGAAGCAAAGGCUCAGGUGAUACUUCUGGUCAUUCUCCUCAUUGCUAUUGCAAACUUCUUCAUUGGAACCGUCAUUCCAUCCAACAAUGAGAAGAAGUCCAGAGGUUUCUUUAACUACCAAGCAUCAAUAUUUGCGGAAAACUUCGGGCCAAGCUUCACAAAAGGUGAAGGCUUCUUCUCUGUCUUUGCCAUUUUUUUCCCAGCAGCUACUGGGAUUCUUGCUGGUGCCAAUAUCUCAGGAGACUUGGAGGAUCCCCAAGAUGCCAUCCCCAGAGGAACCAUGCUGGCCAUUUUCAUCACCACUGUCGCUUACAUAGGAGUUGCUAUUUGUGUAGGGGCCUGUGUGGUCCGAGACGCCACCGGAAGCAUGAAUGAUACCAUCAUUUCUGGGAUGAACUGCAAUGGUUCAGCAGCCUGUGGGUUGGGCUACGACUUCUCAAGAUGUCGACAUGAACCAUGUCAGUAUGGGCUGAUGAACAAUUUCCAGGUCAUGAGCAUGGUGUCAGGAUUCGGCCCCCUCAUCACUGCUGGCAUCUUUUCUGCAACACUCUCGUCAGCCCUGGCCUCCCUUGUCAGCGCACCCAAAGUGUUCCAGGCUCUGUGCAAGGACAACAUCUACAAAGCCCUGCAGUUCUUUGCAAAGGGAUAUGGGAAGAACAAUGAACCCCUGAGAGGAUACUUUCUCACUUUCGUUAUAGCCAUCGCGUUCAUUCUUAUUGCGGAACUGAACACCAUUGCCCCCAUCAUCUCCAACUUCUUCCUGGCCUCAUACGCCCUUAUUAAUUUCUCCUGCUUCCAUGCCUCGUAUGCCAAAUCUCCGGGAUGGAGACCUGCAUAUGGAAUUUACAACAUGUGGGUAUCUCUUUUUGGAGCUAUUUUGUGCUGUGCAGUUAUGUUUGUCAUCAACUGGUGGGCAGCUGUUAUCACCUAUGUCAUUGAGUUCUUCCUCUACAUCUACGUGACUUAUAAGAAGCCCGAUGUGAACUGGGGCUCCUCCACACAGGCUCUUUCCUACGUCAGUGCAUUAGACAACGCCCUGGAAUUAACUACCGUGGAAGACCACGUGAAAAAUUUCAGGCCCCAGUGCAUUGUCUUAACAGGGGGACCUAUGACAAGACCCGCUCUCUUGGACAUUACUCAUGCCUUUACCAAGAACAGUGGCCUUUGCAUCUGCUGUGAAGUCUUUGUGGGACCUCGCAAGCUGUGUGUUAAAGAGAUGAACAGUGGCAUGGCAAAAAAGCAGGCCUGGCUUAUAAAGAACAAAAUCAAGGCUUUUUAUGCUGCAGUGGCGGCAGAUUGUUUCAGAGAUGGUGUCCGAAGUCUCCUUCAGGCCUCGGGCUUAGGAAGAAUGAAACCAAACACUCUGGUGAUUGGAUAUAAAAAAAACUGGAGGAAAGCUCCCUUGACAGAGAUUGAGAACUAUGUGGGAAUCAUACAUGAUGCGUUUGACUUUGAGAUUGGUGUGGUCAUAGUCAGAAUCAGCCAAGGGUUUGACAUCUCUCAGGUUCUUCAAGUGCAAGAUGAAUUAGAGAAAUUGGAACAGGAGAGACUGGCUUUGGAAGCCACUAUCAAAGAUAACGAAUGUGAAGAAGGAAGUGGAGGCAUCCGAGGCUUGUUUAAAAAAGCUAGCAAGUUGAACAUUACUAAGCCAGCUCCUAAGAAAGACAGCAGCAUGAACACAAUCCAGUCGAUGCACGUGGGGGAGUUCAACCAGAAACUGGUAGAAGCCAGCACCCAAUUUAAAAAGAAGCAAGGAAAGGGCACAAUUGAUGUGUGGUGGUUGUUUGAUGAUGGAGGGUUAACACUUCUUAUCCCCUAUAUCUUGACUCUCAGAAAAAAAUGGAAAGACUGUAAAUUAAGAAUCUAUGUUGGAGGAAAGAUCAACCGCAUUGAAGAAGAAAAAAUAGCAAUGGCUUCUCUUCUGAGCAAAUUUAGGAUAAAAUUUGCAGAUAUCCAUAUCAUUGGUGACAUCAACAUUAAGCCAAACAAAGAGAGCUGGAAAGUCUUUGAAGAGAUGAUUGAACCAUACCGUCUCCAUGAAAGCUGCAAAGAUUUAACAACUGCUGAGAAAUUAAAGAGAGAAACCCCGUGGAAAAUUACAGAUGCAGAACUGGAAGCAGUCAAGGAAAAGAGUUACCGCCAAGUUCGACUGAAUGAACUCUUACAGGAGCACUCGAGAGCUGCUAACCUCAUUGUCCUGAGCCUUCCAGUGGCAAGGAAAGGAUCUAUAUCAGAUUGGUUGUACAUGGCUUGGUUGGAAAUCCUCACGAAGAACCUCCCUCCUGUUUUACUAGUUAGAGGAAACCACAAAAAUGUCCUGACGUUUUACUCUUAAUACAUGAAAGAUUAGAACACAUCUUAACUUAAUGUAUGAAUAAUUAAGAAAUAUGUCCUAGUGCUUUAUGUUGUAAAUCUGAUCUAUGGAUAUGCAAACCUCUGAGACAAUCAUAUAGGAUUCCAUAUAAACUAUGUCAUUAUUUUUUUUUAUUAGUUUUGGGGGCUAUUUUUUUUUCUAUCAGCUUAAGACAAUGCCACCCCUAGAAAAACAUCUUUAAUGUUGCUGUUGUUGUGAUAGACAAGGAAAUUAAGGAAAC